AUGCUUGGCCGACUUUUGAACACUGCCGCCUCGACUCUGAAUCCCUCGGCGUAUUCGACCAAACCUACCCCACAACUUGAAUCGGUCACUGAAGAGGAGCAUACGUCCGGCCUCUUAUUCCCCGAUGCGAGUGUGCUUCGUCGCUCAAAUACGCACGCAUUUCCUCUACAAACCGCUUUCAAUUCCCCCAACGCCUCCGCAGCUGGCGCCUACGAUGACCGUGCGGGUGUGGAGUUGGAUCCUCUCAAGGACUUCCGAGUGAUAAUUGCCCAGAAUUCGCUUGGGGAUAGAGAACCGUGCAUUCUCCUAGACUCGAGAGCUGAUGCAUCGGAACCACCGUCUCCAGGACUUGGGUUGGAACCCCAAGUGUUUGAGACUUCCGGGCCGAGACAUGCACGCACCAUCUCCUCACUCUCGCGGGGGCGGCGGGGUUAUCUGUCCCAAUCGUCAUUAGCAGAUCAAAGCCCGCUCUCAUUUGCAGCUGAUAUGCGCAGGACGUCGCCGACAUCCUCUAGUGCGUUCGCCCGUGCCCGUGGUCGUAGUUCAACAAUGGCCCAAGCUGGAGGGUUACAAGAACCUGCUCAUUCGCGCCAUCCGACGGAUAUGAAUGAUGCAGGUCUAUUGAACUGUAUAUUUGGCAGCAGUGCAUUUAGCUACCGUGGCUCGUCCACAAAGAUGCAUAUAAUCUCUGCGGAUGAUACACCCGGCGAGACCGGCAAUGCGUCCCAUGCGAAUCGGAACUCUUUUACGCGAUCAUAUGCUACUGGAAGCUCCUCAGGAUUUGCCGGCACUAACCGUGCUGACCAAAAGCCUCGUUCAAAGGUGACUAUCCUUGUGACAAGAAUGUUCAGUGUCAACUUGCCCGAGGCGGGCGAUGCAGCUGAGGCGCAAGAGCUUGCUUCCUCGCUAUACCAAGACUCUUUACCGGAGACUGGUUAUCCUUUUCCAGACGUUACGAAGCGUAAGAAAAUAAAAGAGAAGAAAACGCCGAUGUACGCAGUUGCCAUCACGAUCCAGAUUCCGCUGUUGCCUCGGAAUACUGCGAGACCAGUUUCUCGAUUCAGUACUCAGGGUCAGGACUCACCCAAGCCGGGGAUGUCUUGUUCAUUAGACUCGGACCACCGCUGGCGUGGUGGGUUUCUUGAUGACACUGUUGCGUCUGCUCCUGCUAGCUUGGACGAACGGAUUGAUCUACUGGUGGACCAUUGGGAUGUUAUCAACCGCACAUUGUCACAUCUUGAGAGAUUAUCGCGAAACGAGAUACUCUUUCUGUUGAAGAGAGUUGAUACCUCGGGAAUGCACCCGAAACCCGCCAAGCUUCCAAAUAUGCAACGAACAAAUCAAACAUUCCUUCACUUACCAGCGAACGUUUUGGCGCUUAAUUCGAGAUUGAAGGAAGAAGCUUCUCGAAGUGCUCGUCGUAUCAGCAGUGCGCUACAUAUUCCCAAUGUAAUAACGGGACAAAGUCGCUGGGGUGUAUGGCGCGAGGAGGGUCGUUCGAUCGUGCGGAACCUUGGCGACAAGGAGCAUAGCUUCUUCUUCCUCGUUCUAAUCACUGCCUUUUUGGGAAAUCACACGGAGUGGUUGAAUGCACUGGGCCCUGACUGGUACCGACGGCGGCACUAUCUACAGCAAAAAGCUCAGCAGGAUGCAGAACCAGCCCUUCCUAAUAGGACGGUAAUUGUCUCUCCUGAUAAGAUGACUGCACGGCGACUCAUCUUUCUCCUGUCGGCAUUUCUCCCACCGAAGCAGCGCUUCGAACCACUUCCUUCCCCCCUUCGACCGGGCACCUCUGCCUCAACUCGUGCGGUCUCUCAAAGCCCGCCAAACGUACCUGUCUUGCGGCAAGAGCCACUUCGCAGAGCUAUAGAGCGGCGAUCUCGCGUACAACGGUUGAACCUCGCCGAUAAGGAUAAUCAUCACCGAUCUGUUAGUGCUUCGUCGAAUGAGACGGCUCAUCGGUCGGCAGAUGAUGUUGAAAAUGAUUUUAGCACGUAUCGCAGGGGCUCAGAUGCUCGUUCGAUCAGAACAAUUGGGAUUCCGAUGCAUGCAAAGGAUUCACGCAGCAAAAACAUUAGUACGGCGACAACAUCAACCGCAAAUCCUGGUAGCGCAGUUCCUGUACCCCAUUUUGCGUCCCAAGGACGAACUGAAAGGGAAGGGUCUGAUCAAGCUCUCGAAGAUGGGGCGGAUAGUUUAGCGUCCGAGACCCUGUUGAAGAACUUACAAAGAAGCGAAAGCUCAACGGUAAGCGUCAACGGUAGCCUUCCCUCAGCUGGAGGUCGGUGGGGUAGUCUUUUCAGCGGCCUCUGGAGCUCUCGCCAGGAAUCAUCAGCGGACUAUGGCAGUGCUGGACCGUCAUUUGGACAUCGUCAGCGCUCAACGUCGAUCUAUAGCAUCCCGUCAAAACGGAAUCCUCCGACUCUUGACCAGAUGGUUGAAGAAGCGUCUGGCGAAGAGCCUCCCCAGAUCGCUAGUAGUGCCACUAUCUCCAUCCCGCAACCUCCAAAUUCUCAACGAAAGUUUGAAGAGGACACACAAGACCUGUCUUCAACAACGGACAACACUAAGGAAACGUCGCUGAAGCUAUCUGUCCGUGAAGAGGAUGGGAUCGUCGAUGUUGAACUUCCAUUGCCCGGGUUUGUCUCAUUGUCUUCGUCUGGAGAAUCCACCAUGGCAUCUCCGAAGAAGACUCGGACAUCGGUAACGAGCAUCGAUGCCCUCGGAUCCACUCAUAGUAGUGGCUCGGGGUUCCAUAACCAGUCGAAAGACAAUGAUAGCCCGAAUAUAAACGUCGCUGGGUGGUUAAAAACCUUCCAUUACGAUUUUUUACUUCAGGGGGUGCGACCUUAUUCUACUCUGGAGUCUGAUAUUAAACGUGCAAUGCAAUCAGAACCCACUCCGAACAGCGCCAUGACUUUGGAUGCUGAUGGGUCAGAUAGGUGGGUGGAUGUUGCAACGACUUUGAUUGCGGAUGUACGAACCUUCACUGUGAAGCGGCUGCGCCUUAGACGUAGAAUUGUCGGGGCCAGCCCCGAGAAAUCACCAAUGUCACCACGCGGAAUACCGACACCGCCGGGUGCCACCCGUCAUGUCUCGGGAGGUUCCAUGUCCACCUCCCAGCUUAGCGGCUACUUCUCCUCUGCCAUGAGCUCGGCUUUGCCGUCCCCUAAACCUCGAUUGGAUGGGUACAAUAUCGGCGAGGUGGAAGAACGAUUUGUCGAAGAGCCUGUGAUGGACUUGGACGGAACCCUUGUGGAUGCCCUGGAACGCGUGCUAGCCCAAAGUGGCCCAUCCUCUUUGGCACCCACCCGAGCACCAUCACCGUCCCGAUCUCGGAAGGAGAGUGACAAAACCCCAGAGUUUAUGACUAUGCGAGAGGAUAUCCCUCCACUUGAAGCUCCCCGUACCGAAUGUCGCCGUGUAGUCUUGGGGGCACUGGAAGAGAUAGUCCGCAGCGUCACAGCCGACCACUUACAAAAAGCCUUUCCACUUGGAAAAUUUCUCCCGCCAUACACCUUAGCGCUUUAA